GCCCCCGACUUACGAUCAUCUGGGGAAAAAAGAAAGAAAAAGGAAAAAAAAGAAAGAAAAAGGAAAAAAAGAAGAGAAAUAAGUAGAAAGUGUAUGAGAACAGAAACAUAAAAGUCAAGUAAACAAAUAUAAGGAGGCGCCGUUGCAAAGACAAGGCUUCCGAGUUCGACAAUCAUCUGAUCUGACGCCGUGAGUGGGUGGCGGACUAGUGGUGACAGGCAUCUGGCACUAUAUUUUCCCCUUCGCCUGUGAUACCCACACAGGACUACCUCAGGGCUCAUAAGAAUCCAUAGAUCUUCGCGGCCCUAACACCAACAACAACACUAUUCCUCCUUCGCCUGUGUCUGUGGCAGUGUCUUGACCCGAGUGAGGUGGUGCUGCACGCCCCUCGCAAUCUUGUACCACCACCACCACCACCACCUGCAGAAGUGGCAGGCAGCAGACGGCAGAGCAACAGCUGGCUGAGGCUUUAAAGAGGAGGAAAGAGCUGGUUGGCAUCACAACAGAUAGUUAUCCCACCACCACCACCACCACCACCACUAGUGAGUGCAGCCCAUAACAGCAGCAGUUCACAACUCUACGAGUGGCUGCACAUCUCAUCUGUUUGCCAGCAAACUGUGGUGAAGCAGAAAUUGUCGGUGUUCAUUUGGGAGAAUGAUGUGUGUGAUGAAGCAGCACACCUUGCCAAUCAGUGUGUAGUGUGUCUGGAGUGGUCAUUGCUCCUAGUGUGUUCCACGCCACAUGUAGAAGCACCACACUUGACAUUGAAUUUGUGUAUUUGUGUGUGUAAGUGUAGGUGGAGGCUAGGAUGGAUGGGAGCAGGAGGUUUAUGUGUGACGAGUGUGGGGAGAUCCUGAACAGCAGCAGCAGGCAUGUGCAGCACUCCCUGUCACACCGAGGAGUGACUGUGUUCUGCUGUGAAAAGUGUGAGGAAGUGUUCCUUAGUGAGAGUAAGCUGAACCAACACUUGGACAAGCACAAAACUCCUAAGAGAUAUGAGUGUGAGGAAUGUAAUAAAAAGUUCUACAGAAAGAUUGAUCUCAGAGGACAUGAAUUAUUGCAUUUAGGAGUGCAAGCAUUUAAAUGUGAAAUAUGUGGGAAGGGGUUUUCAUCGAGAACGUGCUUCCUGCAACACGCCAAGGUGCACUCUGACGUGAGAGAAUAUGAGUGUGAACUGUGCGGCUUUCAGUUCAAGUGGAGGAAUAACCUCAGGCGACAUUUGAAGCGUCACGGCCAGAACAAGAAAAUGGUAAGACAUAUUUGUGCUGUGUGUGGGAAAUUUUUCAGUAUUAAGCCUCUCCUCAUUCACCACAUGAGGACCUGCCACGAUAGUCCCUCACCCAAACAGACCAAGACCAUCACUCCUAAGAAGGUGGUCCAGAACACCAAACGCAGGGUGUCCUCCAGCUCCAACGUUCCAAAGAAGAAGUUCAAGUGUGAUGAGUGUGGGAAAAAAUUUGUGACCAGGAAGAGCAUGCUGCAGCACUCCAGGGUGCAUUCCGAUGUGCGGGAAUUUGAGUGUGUUUGGUGUGGCAUGCAGUUUAAGUGGAGAUCUAACCUUUUGCGACACAUGAAAAACCACUCACUAGAUAAGAAACACAAGUGUCAUAAAUGUGGCAAGGGCUUUUCCCGCAAGAGUCAUCUUGCCCAACACUUUAGCAUUCAUCAUCCUGGCAUGAAGAAGAGACUCUGAUAGGAACACUCUUGCUGUGCUUGUAUUCCACUGCACACGCUCAUGGAGUCAUUGUACAGACAGAGUUAGUAUUAUUGUAAGGAAAGAGGCUACAAAAUGUGAUAGAUUUGGACUUAUUUGAAAAAUCAUACCAUUUAGUAAGUGGAAACAUUCAUGUCAAAAUAAGGGAUUGAAAAGUUUUACUUGUGUCACAGAGCCACCAGUACUGAGUCAUGUGUCGCUGUGUCACUGAGCUGCCAGCACUGUGUUAUGUGUCGCUGGUCACUGAGCCACCAAACACUGGUGUCAUGUGUCGCUGUGUCAUUGAGUCUGACUCUGGUGUCAUGUUGAGGCAACAUGACACCAAUUAUUCAAGGCUUGAGAUGUCACAAGAUGUGAAUAUAUCUAAUAUUGUAUGCUGAUGUUUCAUUCAAAUAAUAUAGUUAUGCCUUGUACAGUACCAGAUAUUUUUGUGAUAUGAAUAUCUUUACAAGUUUCAGGAAUAAAGAGGCAUAUGAGAGAGAGAGAGAGAGAGAGAGGGAAUAGAAUAAAACUAUGGACAGUUACACAGCUUGAAAUAUUGUUUUUCAUUUUUCACACCCCACACAGCACUGUCUUCACCACCACAGAUUGCCAUCCUUGUCAUGUAAUUUCUCAAACUUAUUGUGUUUUAAAUAAAGCACAAUGUUCUGCAGUUGAAUGCUGCAGAGGACCACUCCACUCAUUCCUUAGUAACUUACAACUGGUGAGCGAACAUGUGCAGGAAUCCGGCCAGGUGGAUCUGUCAAUAUUGUGCCACUUGAUGUCAUUAGUCAGGAAUCUUCAUUAUUUAUGACAUUUUGUCAGUCCCAAAUACUGCUGUUCAUCACUCAUUGUUCCCUGUUGAUGAAAUUGUCAUUCAGUUUCAAGUGUUGUAUCCUAUUUUGCUUUCACAUUGAUCUUACCAUUGUCUGCUCCAUUAUCCAUCCUCUGCUUUCACAGAUGUUAAUGCAGCAUCAUUUUGUAGUGCCACUUUUUAUGGUUUUUAUCAUUGUGGUACUGUACCUGUAAUCAGCUUGGUAAGCACCUGCAUUCAGGUGUCUUUACAAAUUCCAGCCACAUAUUGCAUUGCCAGUUGGGGAGAAUACCACCACUGUAUUCCCUCCUUGAUUGAGAGUGAUGGAGUAACAGGAUCAGGAUUCCUUUACUAAGUAGCCCCUACUUGUAUUGCUUCUGAGAGACAUGGUGGGAUGCCUUGUCUCAGUUGCCCUUCAUUUGGCAUCUCUGCCUGGUCUAUAUACUAGAUAUAUAGAUGUAGAUGGGGCACUCAGAGUAAAAUUUAAAGUACAGGAAAAUUCCUUAUUGGAUUCAAAAUGACAGCACAAGUCAUCUACUGGUUACUAGAUACUUCUUUAAGCAUUUCCCAAACUUUGGUUGGAAUUUAUGAAAACUCUUUGUCUCUCCAUUUGUUAACUAUGCAUAACUUUUUAUACACUAAACAGUAAAACAACUCAGAGAUGCACAUAUUAGAAUGUGCAUCUGAGUUGUUUUACUGUUCUAGUGUAUCACUGCAUCAGUAUUUACAGAAUGUACAUGCAUAUUCAUAUUAAAGCCAUUUAUAUUACCGACAAGUAAGACUGUACACAAACUCCAUCAGAUUUGUCAAUAGGGAUUGAGAUGAAUAAAGAUUUCCAGAAGCAUCAA